GAAAUAAAAACGACAGCGCGUCUCUCGCAAUAUCAAUUGGCUAUGACUCUUUGUACAAGUAACAACUUUUACUCGUCUAACGUCAAAUAACGCUCAAUAUAACUAACUGCUGUACUAUAUAUUCAAUACUUUCUAAACAUCUAAUAACAACUAAAACAUUGUUUUGGUUUUGUUUUGGUUUAUUCUUAUUAUUUUUAAGAUACGUAAAGACUUUCUUUGAGUGACGAGAAAAAAGUGAAAAAACUUUUGUGACGUUGAAUUUUACAAACAUCUUUUUGCGUGUUUUGUAUAUAGUUAUAGAUUAAUUAGAUCUAGUUUAUUUUAAAAAAAAGGUGCCAACACAUUCAACGAACAAUUUAACGAAAUGAAAACUUUAUUUGCAUUAAUAUUUGUUGAAAUAAUGCUCGCCGGGACGAAUAUUCAACUAGGAUGCUUUGGAAUGCCGUUAGAAUUAGAAGAGGAAGGACCAGAAAAUCAAUCAUCGAGAUUAACAAGAAGUCUUCAUGCCUUACAAUCGCGACUGUGUCCCGAAGGAUCAAGCUCGGAAAGGUGUUUCUAUUCUCAACUUUCCAUGUUUAUUAGAAUGCACGACAGUUUGAUGGACCCUGUUGCUCUUCGAAAUAUCGGCAAACGAAAUCUUCCGACUCGAAAGAAUACCCUUGCUCAUCUUCAGAACGACAAGAACACAGGAUAUAAUCUUGAUAUUAAGCCACAAUCUGAUUUACAGACACGUUUACAGGACAUCAGGAACAUUGCUGGCAUGAUUGAUAUACUGAAGAAUCUUCUUGACGACACAGGCGCAAAUGAAUCGCCAGAGGAAAAAGAAGACACAUACGAUCAAUCAGUCUUAUUUAACCCUGACGAGGCAACUGACGAGAAAAACAAUGAACUAGAAAAUGUAAUUUUACCAGAAGUAACUCUGUCAGGUGAUUAUGGUUUGGAUAAAACAAAUGACAAUAACUCUUUGGAAAAUGUCAUUGCAAUGGUUCUUGGAUUGAAUAAUAAUAAGGGACGCAACAACAAUGAUUUAAAGUCAAACAUUGGAAUUUCAAUUAAGUCACCUAUCGAAAAACGGCAACUUAUCUGUACAUCUUCUUCGACACAAAGAGAAUGUUUUGAUAACGCAUUCGCUUAUUAUGUUCGUUUGCUGAAAAGCCUACAAUCGCAUUAGCUUUCUGAAGCAAAGCAUUGCUUCCCGUAUAUGUAUUUUAUUUUAUAUUCGAGUUUGUUUCCGUGACGUCUGCUGACUUUGAUUCGGGUAAAAAACAUGGUUCGAAAGUCAGUUGUGGUAGAAAAGGGAAGAUCAGUUUGAAUACUUUAUGUCUGUUUUUUUUUCAAAUUGUAAAUAAGAAAGUUAGAUACCAUAUGAUAUUCAAUUUUAUUUUUGUCAAUAUUAAUUUUUUAAAUUUGUUCAAGUCCGCCAUGCCAUUGAGCAAAGAAACUAGAUGAUUAAUGGAAAGUUUUCUUGAGGAUACAACCAAUUAAUAAUACUUAUCGCAUAUUACAAAUCCACUUUAUAUUUGAAAACUAUUAAAGAUCAAAUUUUGUCUCAUUUAUUAGAAAUAUCAUUAUGUAUGUUCUAAAAUAUCGUUUAACGUGAUUAUGUUUUGUUUUCAGCAUAUAAUCAAUUUAUUACUAAAAGCGAACUAAUCAAAUUAUUGGCAAGAUAUCCAAGAUCUUCCCCGCCAUAUUACCUGACUUAAAACCCAUGCAAAAUAUUUCCCAGACUAAUUGUUUAUAAUAAUUUUAUAGGAAAAGAAAUAAAUCUCGAUUCUUUUAUGCAAUAUGAUAGCACGAUGAAAAAGAACUCUAUAUAUCAUAAUUGGUAAAAUUGUUAAAAAUUAUAAGCAAUAUAAAAUCUCUUCACGUUCUUAAUCAGAUCGAAAAAUUACCCUACAGAUGAACUGUGAAACUUUUAUAUGCUUUUAAAUAAAAACAAAUUAUUCAUUUUACAAUUAUUUGACAUGCUUCUUUACGAGCAAAAAUAAUAAAAUAGACAAGUGUACGUAAUUAAGAUUGUUCAAAACAUUUAAUUCAAUAACAACAUUUAAAAAAUCAUCAACUGUAAUGCAUAUACAAAAAGACAACAUAUUCGAAAUGAUAUAAUAAGUAAACACAUAUACAAAUGUUAAUUAGUUGAACAUUACGUCAACCUGUUAAAUGAUAAGGUUAUGGUUGAUAUUAAAAUGAUUUACUCAUUGUUGAAUAUUUUCUGUGUCAUUAUGUUUUUAAAUGUAAAGAGCGUUUUAAUUGUGUGUAUAAAGCAGAUAUUUUUUUACAUUUCUUAGGACUCGUAGUAAAAUUUCUGCCACAUAUCUUUAUCAAUCAUUGUAGACAUAUCAUAUUUUUGUAUGUGCUUUCUUUAAGAAUAAGAAAAAAGAAUAAAUAAGCAAUGUAAAGCUGUAAUUAUACAAUGUUCAUUUUAAUAAGGUAUCAACACUUCAAUCAGUUAUGAUAUUGCGCAAAAUACGAUCAAAACAUAAAUAAUGAAAAAAGUAGAAUGUGUUUGUGUGAUGUUAUAAGCUAAAUUUUUUAUCAUGUAUGUACUGAAAUACUAAUAAUUCUUUUUAUGUUAUAUAUCAAAGGUUGUCAAUAAACGACACAUAUGUUUUGUUAUAUAAGAAAAACUA